GCCAAGUAGUGUGACAACAAUUCCCCUGGUAAUAUUUGAGCCGAGGGGAUCCCGCUGGCGAUCCCCAAGUAAUCUAGCCACGAUGUUGUGAUUUUACUUCCUGUCUACCUCCCCGUAUCUUUCCCUUGGUGAGAUUCAGUAUGACGGACAAUCGAACAUGUUACUAUCCCGAUGGCACUGAGGCAAAGAACCUUGUGCCCUGCACGGCCAAGACGACCACUGCUUGUUGCGGAGUGAACAACAUCUGCCUCUCCAAUGGGUAUUGUCUCGAUGUCAAUCAACCAUUCUCCUUGGCCCGGGGCGGCUGUACAGCCCAAAAAUGGGGAACGGGAUGCCCAGGUCGUUGCCGGACUGUAAAUAGCAAUGAAGGCUCCGCAAUAGUGACUCUGCAAACCAUCAAUGGCAGCUCCAGGUAUUGUUGCGGCACCCCCGUCGCCAAUGGAAGUGACACGGUCUGCCGGGACGACACGGACAGCUUCCUGCUGGCUGAUGCCCAAGUUCUCACCGGGCGCGCCGCUCUCGCAAAUCUAGUCACGCCAGACUCGUCAUUGUCAUCCAAUUCAUCGAACUCGUCAAUUCCUGCUCCGGCGUCCACCAGCAAUUCACAUGACACUACAAUCGGGGUGGGACUGGGUGUUCCGUUAGGCGUCAUUGCCAUCGGGUCGAUACUCUGGGCGCUAUGGGAGAGAAGGAGAGCAAAUAAAUUAAGCCGGGCAAUGAUCGCCUCCUCUAUUCCAGUCCAGGAAGGACUUGUCCGCUCUCCACAGUCGCAUGUUAUGUCCGAAAGAAGCUCUGUCCCGACGGAGCUUGAUAGUAACAGGACGAUACCGGAGUUGAUGCCCAGGGAACAAAUGUAG